AUGCAUCAAGAUUUAACAACAUCAUCCCCAGCCUGCUUUGGUGAAGAGCAAACUCAUGUUGACGAGUCCAACUUGCAGACCAGUCAAUCUCUGCAACAAUCUCUGGCGGUGAUACGCUCACAAAGACGCCAACCACGUCAACACCCAUAUGCUGCUGCAGCUCCUACUCCUACUCUUGCACCUCCUGCACGUCAAUGGCCUUGUCCAAGGGGUGGAAUUGCUGUCCAGCAAUCUCUGUGGCAAGCAGUUAUUGACCCUGCUAUUAGGAUCAACUCAGCUGUCGAUGCUUUUAUAGCACGGCUUGCGGCUGCACAUGAAGACUCCUCAAUGUUCAACUCAGGAGAGUGGGCGCACUCUGUCAACUCCCUGUUGACCUCUGUUAUGUCCACCAAUGACUACCUGGAUGAGUCUUUGGCUUCUGUUGUGCUUGUUGCCAAGUCCCAAAGUCUUUGCUCUCAGCAAGGCAUAAGCUUACGGGUUCAACUUGGUGAAAUGGAUGGAAUGACACCAUGGGAGAUAGCCAAUGUCUUUAGGUGGCCAGUUGAAUCUACUGUUAGUGGACAGCUGGUGAUGAGUAGAAUCAUCCCAACUAUUUAUAGCUUAUGCCAAAACCUGCCACUGAACAUGAACUGCAUGUUUGCACCUGGCGUGCUCAGUUAUUAUGGCCUUCCUGCCAAUAUUGAUUACACAAAUUUUGAGGCUUCUGAUCAAUUUUUUAAGGCUAUCCGAUUCAAAAUAUGGCUGAAGGCAAUUGCCAAUACUCUGCACCGCAGGAUCCUGGCGAUAACUAUGAGUGGACCAAAUCAGAAAGAGAAAGGGCAAGUUGAGCCAUCAAGAUACAAAAACAUUAUGAUGGGGACUCAGCUGUUGAAGGUGAAGGCUUCACAUUUGAAGCUCUACAUUUCUCUUGAUACAACUGCCAUUGUACAAAACUUGCUACUUAUCUACCUGCUGAAUAUUUGGUACUCAGACAACAUGCUGAGUUACUCCCUGGACAAGAUCUGGACAGAACAAAACUCAGGGAACCAACUGAUGAAGAAGUUGCAAGCAUCUGGAAAGGAUGCAAAUGCUGACAGGCUAUCAGUACACUUCCCAGAUAUUUGUCAGAAAGCAGCUCACAUGGUGGAGGCUGAGGAUAAUGAGGAAAAAGGAGACUUGGAUAGGCCUGACGUUGAUAGUGAAGAUGAACCUCUUCAUAAGAGGGCCAGGAAUAGCAUGGAAGAGGAACUAGAAGAUGAGGAUGAAGAUGCUCUGAUGCACACCUUUAGACACUUGACAGGCAACUUUACUAAUGCAGCAUCAUCAGAAGAAAGCUCACAGCAAGUUACUCCCUCACCUUCAUUGACCCAGGAGUUGGACAAUCCUUGCUACGAACAAAUGGUGUCAUCAUUGUAUACUGAUAUACAGAUUACUGCAUCACCAGCUGAAAGUGUCCGGUUGGUUAACAAUAAGCGUAAAAGGAAUAGCAGUAGUUCUCCUUCAUUAACACCUUCCAGAGAUUCCAAGGCCGUUAUCACUAGCUUUAGCCCUACCAGCUCCAGGCUGGCUAAAGCAGGACAUUCUCAAAUAUUUUUGGAGAAUGCAAGGAACAAGCAGAAAAAAAGUAGAAUCAUUGAUUAUGUGUGGAGAGCUGCAGCUCAGCUUUAUGACUAUGUAUUUCAGACUUAUUCAUAUGAUAAGCAAAAACCUUUUGGACAUUGCAUCAUCAAGCUACUAGCUCAGGUUCAGUGGUUCCAUAAGAAGGGGGAGGGCGUCCUCUAUCUAAGUGAUUUCAAAGACUCACCUUUGCCAUUAAUUGCCUUGGCUAUUACAGCUGUCGAAUACUGUCUUCAUGAACUUGCAAAAGGUCUACAGGCCCAGGUUAGAAGAGCACAAAGGAAAGCUCCUAGGUGGUUUUUGCAGUUUCGUAAAAACACUUACAACAAUAUUCUUCAACAGUGUGAUUUACAGUACUUAAAUGCAAAAGAGGACAACUGGGAGGAUAAGGUUGAUUUUGCAGCGCUUGAAGAUUCAGCAUCCUUAUAA